UUCAGUUUCGCCUGAACAGUUCACUUCGGGAGCUCAGUUAUACAUACUUGAUCUUGUUUACUUGUAGUCUUUUUCUUUAACCAGCAACCGGAGAAGAUUCAUUAAACGGCUAUCACACUGCUCUCAAGCUGAUUUCGCAGUGGAUUUUAUUUUUGGUGUCUUAUUUGCUGGAUUUAUUUUCUCAUCUUUGGAAAAGAAAAUGUCUCACUCAGACAGUCUGGACUUGGACAGAUAUACCAAUUUGGACAAAUCUCGCCGGUCAACCAGUCGAAACCAGACUAGGCAGAGGACCAAGGAUGGGGAGGUCCUCUGUGACUUCUGCACUACGAGGAAGCAAAAAGCCGAGAAGUCCUGUCUGGUUUGCCUGGCAUCGUAUUGUGGGGAACACGUGCAGUCACACUAUGACUACCCCACCCUGAUGAAGCACAAACUAGUCAAAGCCACGGGUCAGAUGAGAGAGAAGGUCUGUGCCCAGCACGACAAGCUGCUAGAGGCCUUUUGUCGCACUGAUCAGACAUCAGUCUGCGUAUUGUGCAUGAUGGAUGAACACAAACACCAUGACAUCGUCCCGGCUGGAACUGAGAGGACUGAGAAACAAAAGCAACUUGGUACCACUCUGCACAAGUCUCAACAGAGGAUUGAUCAAAGAAUUAAAAAAUGGCAGGAUCUAAGACAAGCAGUUGAAUCAGUGAAACACUCUGCUCAAACAAUUCUUGAAGAAAAUGAGCGGAUCUUCACUGAGCUUCUGAAUUCUAUAGAGAGGAAGUACAAUGAAGUUAAAGAGAUGGUUCUCUCCCAUGAAAGAACCACCGUGACCCAGGGGGAGCUACUCCUGGACCGCUUGGAGGAGGAGAUAACUCUGCUGAGGAAGAGACACAACAACCUGGAGAAGCUCUCCCGCACUGAUGAUCACAUUCAUUUUCUGCAGAGCUGGCAGUCUCUAUCGGGCCCCUCUGGGUAUGAAGACCUAAACAACAUCCAAGUUGUUCCCAAUUAUUCCUUUGAUCCUGCCAAGAGAGCCAUUGCGGCAUUGAAAUUGCAAGUGGAAGAAGUCAACAAGACAGAAAUUAUGAAAAUCUCUGAAGCAGUGAAGGAAGUUUACAUCACGCAAGACGCAAAGGAAGUUGAAUUAAAGCCAAGAAGAGAAUCAAUUGUGAGCGUUGAUGCAAGGAUUGUAGAAGAGCCAAGGACAAGAGAAGAUUUUUUGAAAUAUUCUCACCAGUUGACUCUGGAUGUCAACACAGUCCACCGAAACCUUCUCCUCUCAGAAGGAAACAGAACAGCAACAAUGAAGAGUGACCCUACACACUACCCUGAUCACCCAGAUCGAUUUGAUCACUGGCAACAGGUGUUGUGCAGAGAAAGUGUGUAUGGAUCUCGUUGUUACUGGGAAGUGGACUGGCGAGGAACAGAGAUAGACAUGGCUGUUACCUACAAGGGAAUCCGGAGAAAAGGAAACGGCAAUGACUGCAGCCUUGGCUGGAAUGAAAAGUCAUGGAGUUUGUAUUGCUCUGAGUCCAAGUUCACCUUUGUGCACAACAACAGAAGCAAAGACCUCUCUGCCCCUGUGUCAUCCCGCAUCGGAGUCUACUUGGACCACGGGAAGGGAAUACUUGCAUAUUACAGUGUCUCUGAUAACAUGCGCCUUCUGCACAAAAUUCAGACUUCAUUUGUGGAGCCUCUGUACCCUGCUUUUAGCGUGUGGGGCUUUGGCUCUUCUAUAAGGCUGUAGGAGAAGAGCCAUGGGAUCAGAUCUUUUGAAUCACAGACUAUUAAUAUUCUCAAAAUUUAUGGGAAAGAUGAGAUAAAUUGUACUUGGGUUCUAUUUUAUCAUGUUUGUUUACAUACACAUGAGUUGCGGAUAGAAAAAGGUUUCAUUUUAUGUCAAUAUAUUUGUUGUAUUUAGGAAUUAAAAUGUAAAAACAUUCUUUAAUUUCUUUUACCAAAUCUUCUGAUUUACAUUGUUUGUUUAAAGUGGUUCAACUAUAACAGAAAUGAGCAUGAACAAAACUGAUGGAAAUUUUUAUUUCUGUUGCAUUAACUAACUGAAGGUUUGAGGAGAGAUUUCAAAGCAACCAUGAAGCACCGUAAUAUAUUCCAUACAUUUCUUUCUGUGAGUUGCUUGAGUUUUCUUUAAUGUCUCUCAGAGGAUAUUUUCUUUUUUUUAACAACAAUUAUUGUACAUAAAAAUCUUUCAAGUCGUUUUUUAAGAAAACCAUGAAACCAUUUGUUUUUGAAACAAAUGUACUUCUCUUCCCAAGACUAAAAAGUCAAAAUCAAGCGAAUACAUAAAUUAUCACAUUCUGGUUAUUGUUGCACUUUUUUGGGAUUGCUUAGGGUUAUAAAAAACUAUUAACUAAGAAAUUGACACUAAUCAUCCUAUCACGGUAAUAAAGGGAACAUUAUAUCUAUACCUAGUAUUUACAUUGUAUUUUGUUAUUAAUUUGAAAUAAAAUAUUUAAAAAGGCGAA